AGUUCAGAAAUUUCCGAAAAACCACAUGUCUGGGCACCAAGAUUUUACAAUAUUUCUCUUUUCGGCGGUAUAAUGCGGCAAAGUGCUGCAGAAAUAUAGCAGAUCGCUAGAUCAACUGCACGGUAACGACAAACAAUUGAAAAAUCAUUUCAAUUUGCGACACAAUUGUGUGAAAAAUCACAUUCGGGGCAAUAUUCGUAACCAAAACGUUCUACCACACUAGCGCGUGAGUGAGUGUGAGCGAGAGGGCGAGUGCAAAGUGUGCGACGAGUGAGAGAGAAAAGAAAACCCGCAAAAGCCAAAAGCAUACGAAACAAAAGCAACAACAACAACAGCAGCAGCGUAAGAAGUGCGUAGUGAAGAGUGAACGCAAAGCAGAGCCAAAGUAGUGUAAAGCAGUGAGAGCGCGGCGCACAAGCACAAGUCGGCAAGAAGGGAAAGGGAAUUUGUGUACCACAAUUCUUUCUUCUUUUUGUGGCAGGCUCUCCGCGUGUUGUUGUUUGUCCUCUUUUGCAACCCGAAUAGGAGCAACUCCACGUAUUUUGAAUUUCCAUUAUUGUUUGAAGAACCUCCAACAUCGAUCUAGUGGAAUAUUUUUCUGACACGACGACGAAUCAUCGUGACAGGACAAGGAAGCAACCAAGGAGCACCGACCUGUACCUGGAUCAGAAAAUCAGAAGCCGCAGGAACUGCAGCAGCAGCUACCAGCAUCUGAACCUGGAGUAGCGCAUAGUGCUGCCUACUCUGGAGACGAAGGCACAGCCACAACCAGCGAGCAUGUCCAGCAAAGAGGAGAUGCCGUCCUCUGGGGCCGCUGUUGUGGGCGGUGCCACCGCAGCCACCACACCCAGUGCCGCUAGCAGCACCUCGUAUGCCAACGUUGUCCAGAAUCUGGACACCAAAAAGGGAGGUGUCCCAGUCGCCACUGCAGCUGCCGCUGCCGCUGCCUCAUCCUCAGCCGUCGACAAUAAGGAGAACCAACCAAAUCUGAAGAGCCUCAAGUCGUGGAGUGAGGAAACCGCUGCCGCUGAAGCCGCUGGCGAAACUCUAGUCAGCAAUGUCAGCCUGGCGCUGACCGGCGAGAAGCGUGCUGCCGCCGGUGGCGACAAUACCGCCGAGAACUCAUCCGAACUGGACGACAACAAUGACUUUGUGCCGGUGCUAUCCCAUCAUAGGCGGGACCGCAAAAAGGCCCGCAAGGACAAGCCCCGUGAGCAGCGCAUCGACAGGCCGCAGCAGCAGCAACAGCAUCCAGGCAGUGGCGCUGGUCAGAAUCAGAAACCACUGCAGCCCGGCAGACGACCAGCUGGAAACGGAAAUGGAAAUGGCAAUGGCAAUGGUGGUGCCUCUGAUGGGGCCACCGAUCGCAAGGCAACGGUCCGUCCACGGGCUCCACGCGGCGGCAGUCCACGCAAAUCGGGUGCACCCGGUGGCGUCACAGGAGCUGCUGUCGUCAGUGGGAAGGUACAACACAAGGAUCGCAAAUCGGACACCUCACCCAGUGCUAGCCUCGAGGCCAAUAGCAGCGGCAACGAGGCCAAAUCCGGAGACGGCGAAUCGCAGGCGGCCGCAGGAGCAGCAGCCGGUGGCGCAGCACCAGCUGCAGCAGCUCCUCCACCCAAGCGAUUCGUAGCAGCGCCACCGCCUAAAGUCAAUGCCUGGAAGAUAUCAGCAAAACAGUCGUCGAGCCCCAAGGCAGGAACCUCUCCAUUGGACAAGCGUGUGUUGCAGCCAAAGCAGCAGCAAUCCCAAACCAAGCAGACGACUGCCAGCAAUAAUAAUAUUAGUAAUAAUAAUACUAACCAAGGCGCACAGACUACUACCGGCAGCGGAAGCAGCAGCCAACCCAACAAAAAGACACAACAACAACAACAAUCCCAGCAACAACAGGGAGCAUCAGCAGCAGCAGCGGCAGCGGCAGCAUCAACAGCGACUACUACACAGACAGCAAUCACUGAGGCAACCACAACAACUGUAGUGGAUGCCAGUCAAGCGGAUGCACUUGCCAAAGUCGUGGUAAAGGACAAGAAGAAGGUCAACCAGAAGGCCAGCGAUUUCAGCAACGUUGGUGAUUGGCCGACGCUUAUUGGAGGAAUUUCUGGCAGUGGCAAAGCCACCAGCAACGAACCCAAACGCAACCCAACGAAAAAGCAACCAGCUAAAGCAGCACCCGCAACCAGCGUCACUACAAGUGAAGUUGCCACAGAGUCUAACGUCGCAGGCGCCACUUCCAGCAGCACCAACAGCAGCAGCAGCAGCAGCAGCAGUAGCAGCCAAGCUACAGCCACAGGAUCGGCAGGACCAGCAACAGCUACAGCCGGCACGAGCCAUGAUGCCAAAGCCCAGCGAGAAGCCGAGCUAUCCACUGGCAGUGCCACUGCACCAGCUGCUGGCCCCCUUGCCGGCUCUGCCGUCAACAAAAAGAUACCCAAGCACAAGUGGCGUCCGCUGCAAAUCGAUCUGGCCAAGUCCAGUCGCCCUAAGCCCAUUGGCGGCCGACCCCAUCGGCGACUCAGCGACGAUGGCGUCGAUCAGCGACGCCCGCCGCGUGUCUACCACGAACGGGGGCCGGCGCCAGCCAAUGGCCGGGGUGGAGCUGGAGCCGAUGCUACUGCAGCAGCAGCAACGGAGUCCACACGGCCACACAGUGGCCGGCAUCCGUACAUUGCCCGCACCACGACUGCUCCGACCGAGCGCGUGGAUUCCUGGCGUAGCAGCGGCAGCGCCGGCACCAAUGCAGUUCCCUACGAUGAGCAACGCUCGGGGGGCCCAGGGGCAGCAGCAGCAGGCGGUGCCGGGGCAAGUGCCGUGGUGCGGGGACCGCGACGCUUCCGCACGCCGUACCGGGGCGGGCGGCAGGGCCGGGGUGGAUUCACAAGACAGGGACCAGGUCGUCCGACUAAUCGCAUACCACGCCAUCUGCUAGCUUCGGGCGAAUAUGCAAGCUUUUUGCCAGCGGACGCGGCUGGCGCAGAUUCUGCCCAAUCCACGUACGUGCUCAUGGGCACCCAUUACUUUGGCAAUGUGCCAGCCUCCUAUAUCGAAAUGGAUGCCAACAGCGUCAAGGAGGCACUCAAGAAGCAAGUUGAAUACUAUUUCAGCUCUGAUAAUCUUACCGGUGACUUCUUUUUGCGCCGCAAAAUGGACCCCGAAGGGUAUAUACCGGUGACAUUGAUCGCCUCGUUCCAUCGGGUUCUUGCUCUGACCACAGACGUGGCCCUGAUUGUGAAUGCCAUCAAGGAAUCGGAUAAACUAGAGCUUUUCGAGGGCUACAAGGUGCGCACCAAGACCACGCCCACCGUUUGGCCCAUCAGCGAUGCACCAGAUGCUGCCGGCAAGGAUCAGCAGCAGCUGCAGCCGCAGCCGUCGCUGUCAAAACAGGAGACGAACGAGAAGCCAUCAUCAGAGAAGCAGCAGACUGGGGCGGAUGCCGAGGAUGCAGCACCGGAGGAGAGUUCACCUCCCGCCAUCCUCACAUCUGCAAUGGCCACCAAGCCACUGAGCAGCAUCCCGCCGCCACCGCGGCCGCGCAACUCUCAGAAUUUGGUGCCCAAGAUGCUGCAGGAGAAGCAGCAGCACCAGCGAUCGACGAUCAAUUCGGUGAAUGCCAUCAGUGUGCUCACCCAGCAGGUGGAGGGCGGUGCUGCAGAGCUGGCCGGACAUUUGAGCGGACUGGCGGAGAGUGUUAAGCCAAAGCCUGAUAAGAGGGCGGCACCCAAGGCUGGAACGGGACCAGGAGCAGGAACCGGAAACGGAUCAGGGGCUGUUGCUGGCGCUGGUGCUGUUGCUGGGGCAGCUGUUGCUUUGGUUGCGGAGCCGGAGGGCAUGUGGAAAGAGGUAAAGAGACGCUCGAAAACAAAUGCUUUAAAAGAAAAUGCUACUAAAUCCUCCACCACCAACAACACGUCCACGACAACACAACAACAACUACAACAACAAUCGCUUUCACAAACGCUCAACAACAAUAAUAAUUAUAAUAAUAAUACUGUUAAAAAUGUCAAAACGAACAACAACAACAAAAACACCACCGUCACCGCAAACGCCACCUCGUCCAAGUCCACGUCCACGUCCACCACGUCCUCGUGUGCAUCCAACAACGCCCCAUCCAACAACGCCUCAUCAACAACAAUCACCGCUGCUGUCUCUGUGUCGUCCGCCGCCACCGCUGCCGUCGCUUCCUCUGUCACCGUCACCACAACCACAAAAACCACUACAACCACCACCACCACUACCACCACCACCAACAACAACAACAACAACAACAAUAAUAAGAAAACAUCCUCUGCCAACGCUUCUUACUCCAACACCAAUUCGAAAUCCUCCUCCUCCUCCUCCAAAACAGCUGCUGCGCCAUCCGCUCAGUGCCAUGCCGAAAAGGAAGAACUAGACUUUCAAUUUGACGAGGAGCUGAUGGACCCCAUACCCGCCACCGGACGCAUCAAUAACUUCACCGAAAACUUCUCCGACGAUGACGAGAGCGAUUACGAAUUUGCCGAUCGCGAUAUCAAUAAGCUGCUGAUUGUCGCCCAGGUGGGGCGACCACCCAAACACGAAGGUUACGAUCGCACCGCCGACUUUACCUCACGCACGAAAAUCACCCAGGAUCUGGAGAACAUCAUUAACGAUGGUCUGGUCAACUACGAGGAGGAUCUGUGGACCACCACCAAUGUGGUGACCGACUAUCGCACCGUCAAUGUGAUCUCGCAGGCGGAUUUCGAAAAGCUAGCUGCCACCGGAGUUGUGCCCAAUCGUGGCAAGAGUGCGGCCGUGCAAAAGCAAGUGCCACCACCGCCGCCAGCCUACCUGGAGGAUCUGGAUGCAGACGACACCCUGGUUGGUGACACUACGCUCAAUUCCACGCUGAACUCCACGCUCAAGUCCCGUCGUGCCCGCUUCUAUGCUGCCCCCAAUUCGCACUCAAUUGAUCCGCGAACGCCACGCAAACGCAAGCUCCGCCACACGGCCAAUCCGCCCGUGGAGGCGCAUGUGGGCUGGCUGCUGGACACGGUCGAGCAUAGGCCGCGCACAACCUCGAUGGGCUCGUCGGCGGGCACAUCGCCCACCACCUCGUCGUAUGGCUCGUUCGGAUCGUCGGUGCCGCAAUCGCUGCCCGUUUUCCAGCAUCCGUCGCAUGCUCUGCUCAAGGAGAACAACUUCACACAGCAGGCCUAUCACAAGUAUCAUUCGCGAUGCCUCAAGGAGCGCCGCCGGCUGGGCUUUGGCCAGUCGCAGGAGAUGAACACCCUGUAUCGCUUCUGGUCGUUCUUCCUGCGCGAGAACUUCAACAAGACGAUGUACAAUGAGUUCCGCACUUUGGCCCUGGAGGAUGCCGGCAACGGGUUCCGCUACGGGUUGGAGUGCCUGUUCCGAUUCUUCUCGUACGGCCUGGAGAGGAAGUUCAGGCCGAGCAUCUAUUUGGAUUUCCAGGACGAGACCGUGGCCGACUACGAGACGGGUCAACUGUAUGGCCUCGAGAAGUUCUGGGCCUUCCUCAAGUACUACAAGAACAGGGAGAAGCUGGAGGUUCAGCCCAAGCUGGCCGACUAUCUGAAGAGCUUCAAGACCAUCGAAGAUUUCCGUGUGGUGGCGCCAGAGAUAGAUGAGAUGCUGCAGGGUGUGGGCAGCCUGCAUCCCGGACGGCAGCUCAACAGGCAUCGCAGUGUGUCCGAGAGCGAUGGCACCGCCGUGAUCACGGCUGGUGGUCGUCGCUUGAACACCACCAUCACCAAUCGCAGUGACUAUGUGGGACGUUUGAUCCAGCAGCAGCAGCAGCACCAACAACAGCAGCAGCACCAGUACCAACAACAGCAAUAUCAUCAGGGAUACGGCGGUAACCAGAACCGCAGACGCACCGGCUCCUUUGGCAGCAGCACAGUGCGCACUCGUAGCGGUUCGCUGGGCAACAAGCCGCAGGUGGUCCAUCGCAACCAAGGAUCGCAACACGAGCUGCGACGGGGUGGCAGCAAUUCGGGCCUGGCGGUACACAAGCGUCACCAUCAUCAGCAGCAGCAGCAGAAGCCCAAGCAGCAGGCUCAGGGUAUAUCACAGACAAAUAACACAGUGCGGGCCUCCACAUCGGCGGCAGCAGCAGCAGCGGCAACAACAACAGCGCCAGCGAUAGUGGCGGCAUCAGCAGCAACAGCAGCGACGGCGGCAUCAGCGUCGUCCUCGUCAUCGUCGCAGAAGUAGAAAACAUAAAAAUGCAGACACAUUUUUUCGAUUAGACAUAAGUUAUUUUGCGACUUAGUUGGGAGCACUCCUCCUCUCUUUUGUUCACUAUUCAUUCUUAUUAUUCGUCUGUAGAAGCAGCAGUAGUUGUAGUCGGUUCGAGUCAGGCGUAAAAUGGGGAAAGAGGCGUGUCAGUGUGGCCUCUUUAGUAGCAUAAUUAAGUAAAAUUUUUUGAAAUUUUGUUUUUUGCAAUUUGCCCAACGCGUUGGUUUUAGUAGUAAUAAUGAUUAUGAUAUCUUUCGUUUUCUUUUUUGUCUGCAGUCCCUUGAAAAGAAAAAUUUAGCUUAUGAAAUGCUCAAUGUUAGCUGUUCGAACACACAGAUACACCCCAUACACAGAUACAGAAAUACAGUGACAAAACACUCGGUAGCCACUAAGCGGGGGUCCCAGUGCCAAUCAGCCAUGAUCUAGAAACUGAAUGACUAUUAUAAUAAUUAUUAUAUUUUGUUUGUUGAAUAUUCUGUUUUUUUUUUUCUUUAAAUCAGAUCUUUUUUUUUCCUACUUGAAGCAGAGCGUUAUAAAAUAGACGUAAUGCCCAUCAACUGUUGUACGGUGUGAAAAAAAAAUUAAAACCAAUAACGAUAAUCCCUUAAAUAACAUAUUCCCCUAACGAAAAGUGAAAGGAAAGCAAAGCAAAGCGAAACGAAACGAAACGAAACAAAGUUUAAUAUAAACCAUCAGAAACCAAAUGAUCUGAAUUCAAAUAAAAACAUUUUGUAAAUUAAAGCGAAACGUUAUAUACAUACAUAUAUAUACGCGCAAGAGCACCUUAUAUAUAAUAAUAUAUAUAUAUUCUUAUUAUUAUUAUUAUUAUUUCCCUGUGUGUGACCUAAGCGCAAAUGUAAUGUAAUUUUUUUAAGAGACAACGAGAGAAACCCUUACACUACACACCCAAUUGAGGCAUGCGGGGCUCAAGUGCCAGCGAAUUUUAGUUAUGUAAGCAUUUAAAGCAAAACCCAAUCGCAAUCGGAAUUAGAGCCGGGGAAAACGGAGACCGAACCGUAGACCGUAGCCUUUGCACACUGCCCCCAAGUCUGUCAAUCUAUCGUCGAAUUGGUCUUACAAAAAUAAGUGGAAAAAAACUACACCUCAAAACUUCGUACCCCGCCAAGCAUUUAGAAGCAUGUCAAAAAACCCAUUUAUUAUUUACGUUUAGUUUUUGCACUUGUUACUUUUUUUAAUUCGGAGAAAGAAAAAAAAACGAAAAAAAAUUUAAAAAACAGAAAAUGUCAAGUCCAAAAAAAGUUGAAAACUUUCUAGAGAACAUAAGGCAGAGCAGAUCAUGCGAAUCGAAAAGAAAAUCAAUCGUAAAAUAUAACGAAAUUUGUUUCGUCUAGUUGGUAAAUCAUUAAAAAACAUUUACAAAAAAUGUGAGAAAUCAAAUGUAAGCUUAAUACUGAUAUUUAUCCAUAUAUCUGCGCGUAUAUCUACAAUAUCAUACAUAUAUACAUAUAGGGACAGCAUCCGACUUUAAAGCGAAAAUAUAACGCUACGAACUGUGAAGUUAAGUUCGAUGCCGUCUGAUCAGAUACAGUCGAGCAGUUUGCAAAACUCUCGGUCGGCUGAAAUAAUUCCUCAAGAGCCUAAAUCAAUGAAAUACACAAUCGUUCGAUCCAUCAGCUCCUCGGUAAUAUGCUUCGCUCAUCUAGCCUAAGCAAAUACACCCUACACCCCAUAACCCCCCUCCCCCACAAAAAAUAUGAAAAAAGUGCAAAGAACCCUUUCAUUAAAUAUUAUUUCUUUAUACACACAUUA